AUGGGCGUUUAUCACCAGGGUGGAAUAAUAUCUGGACAGGUCUUCUUGAGCAAGCAGCCAGAUGCCACGCAUGCGGUAUGGUGGAAGACAUACACCCCGCCAAUAUGGUUACUGAAUGGCAAAAAUGAGGUGCUGAAAACUCAUGAUAUCAUGGGUAUGCAAGGAGAUCUCAUGUUACGAGAAGUUACUGCGCUGGCUACAUGUCACAAGCUCUCAUCCAACGCGACAGCCUAUCUCGAGGAGAGCGAGGGCACAUAUCUUUUAGCUCCACUAUCAGCGACAUUUUUGGACAAGCAUAUUUCGAACAAUGACUCUAUACUACAUUUCCAGGAGACUUGGCGUUAUAAGAGCCAUCUGAAUCUCGAUGAUCUGGAUUUUGGGGACGACGGAUUUUGGAAUACGAUCAGUAGGGUGGUAGGUCGAAGGGGACUGGCUGCUUGGAGGGUGACCAAGGAUUGUUCGAAACGUUGA